AUGUGGAGAGGUCUGAUGACCUCUCCAAUAAUCGGACUUUCUCCGUGUAUCAAAAUAUCUGGAGUACAUUUAUGUACUAACUUACCGACAUAUUUUCCAGAUUGUUUACAAUGUUUUAAUUGCUCUAGAAGCUCCGACAUGAGCAAGUGUACAGAGGUGACUCAAUGCCAGUUUGGACAGUCUUGUUUCCAACGCAUAGAGGACAAUGGUGGUUUGGCUUUGAUUUCAAUGGGAUGCACAGAUAAUCAGAAAUGCGGAUCAAACCAAAAUGGCGGAUCAAUUGUGUUAGGAUAUAAACGGGAGACGUUGCAAGACUGUUACGAAUGCUGUAGCACGUACAAUUGCAAUAAAUAUCUGUGCGCAAAGGCACCAUGUAACUGUAACUUUGACGAUGACACUAUGUGCGCAUGGACCAAUCUAAAAACAGAUGAUUUUGAUUGGAUAAUAGCACAUGGAACAACUACCUCGAGUAGAACAGGACCACGGUAUGACCACACCCGCAAAGAUAAUAAG